GGUAGUCUGUCAGCCAUUUUGCAUUUGAGUUCAUCUCCAUUGGCAGUAGAGAAGAUUCGCAGAAGAGGAGAUAAAAUCCGCCAGAAAUUUGUCAAAGUCGCCUGCAAAGUGUCGCGAGCCGUUCGCUGAACCCCCGUGAAUCCGCAGCGCCGUGUCACGCGUGCCGUGAGUGCUCGAGAGUGGGCCAGAGGUGUGAGAAAAGCAGUGUUUUUCGUUGUGCGGGCCAUUUAGUUGACCGAUCGAAGGCGGAGAGUGGAGGAAAAUCGUUGGCAGGAAUGUCGCCGAAGGUGUGAUUGUGCGGUCGCGCUCAGGAGGACACUCGGGCUGCCGGAGAGAGUGUGAUAUCCGGUGACGGGACAGUCUCAGAGCGGGCGCCAGAGGCCCAGUUUUUGCAAAAGCGCCAGGGUGGAUUUCGCAGUGGACAGAGUGUGAGGAGAAGAUGAAAAAGUGACUUUUCCUCAUUUACAUAUUUCGGGAAACGGAGAGAGCGAGCGCAGAGUCGGAGAGCGAAAAGUGCCGUGCGGAGUGCGAGAGAGCGAUAAAGUAAAGAGAAAGAAAAUCAUUAGAGAUUUAACCUGUGGUAGUUUUGUGAUUUUUCCCUUUUCUUCUUCUCCGUGGUUCUCUUCCUCCGGCGGUUGCGGGGGAAAAGUAGGCGAGCGAGAGGAAGAGCGACGUCACCUGCGGCUUUCGGGCGGAAAAGUCGAGCGAGCGACGGGAGAGCGAGAGUUUUCGCGCAGGAUCAUCGGCCAGCGCCGCUAAGACGUGAGCGCCACUCCGUGGUGGGGAGCGCAGUUCGCGGGCAAGGAUCGAGCGAGUUUCGUUGGUGUUGUUCAAUUGACCGGUGCCGGAAAAGUUGCGUCGCGCGAGGAGGCGAAAGAGUUGAGAAGCAAUGGGAAACAACGCCGCGACGGCGAAUAAGAAAGUUGACGCCGCCGAGAGCGUCAAGGAGUUCCUCGAUCAGGCGAAGGAGGAGUUCGAGGAGAAGUGGAAGCGCAAUCCCACCAACACAGCCGCCCUCGAUGACUUCGAUCGCAUCAAGACGCUGGGCACGGGCUCGUUCGGGCGCGUGAUGAUUGUCCAGCACAAGCCGACAAAGGACUACUUCGCCAUGAAGAUCCUGGACAAACAGAAGGUGGUGAAGCUGAAACAGGUGGAGCACACGCUGAACGAGAAGCGGAUCCUCCAGGCCAUCUCCUUUCCAUUUCUCGUCAGUUUAAAGUAUCAUUUCAAAGACAAUUCGAACUUGUACAUGGUGCUGGAGUACGUGCCAGGCGGUGAGAUGUUUUCACACUUGCGCAAGGUGGGCCGCUUCUCUGAGCCCCACUCGCGCUUCUAUGCGGCCCAAAUUGUUCUCGCAUUUGAAUAUUUACACUAUCUCGAUCUCAUAUAUCGGGAUCUGAAGCCUGAGAAUCUGCUUAUCGAUAGUCAGGGAUACCUCAAGGUGACUGAUUUUGGCUUUGCCAAGCGAGUGAAGGGGCGCACGUGGACGCUGUGCGGCACACCGGAGUAUCUGGCACCUGAAAUCAUUCUCAGCAAAGGAUACAAUAAGGCGGUGGAUUGGUGGGCACUUGGGGUGUUGGUGUAUGAAAUGGCCGCUGGGUAUCCGCCAUUCUUUGCCGAUCAGCCAAUUCAGAUCUAUGAGAAGAUUGUCAGUGGCAAAGUGCGGUUUCCCUCACAUUUCGGCUCAGAUCUGAAGGACCUCCUCCGUAAUCUCCUUCAGGUGGACCUCACGAAGCGCUACGGCAACCUCAAGGCUGGUGUCAAUGAUAUUAAGGGGCACAAGUGGUUCGCGUCGACGGACUGGAUUGCCGUGUUCCAGAAGAAGAUCGAAGCGCCUUUUAUACCACGAUGCAAAGGACCAGGGGACACAAGCAAUUUCGAUGAUUACGAAGAGGAGGCGCUCCGGAUCUCAAGCUCGGAAAAAUGCGCCAAAGAAUUUGCCGAAUUCUAAAAAGACCGAACACACCAUCAGACACAAAAUUUGCCUGCUUUUACCGGAGAAAUUCACUUCCUUUUUAACCAUUUUGAGUUUUUUUUUUCUUUUUAAAUGUCACUACUUACUGUUUUCCUUUUUGCCCUCUGCGCUGUGUCCACUAAAGUGUGCAACCUGAUGAACUAUAUAUUGUAAACUCCCUUCAGUCAUUUUACACGUUUAUUUCGUUUUUAACAUUCGAUAAUGGCUUUAUUUUAUUAUUAUACUAGUAAAGAGAAGAAACCUUUUAGAGAACAUCUUUGACUAUUGCUAAGACUUUUAUUCCUCUGCCUUUUUUCUCCUUUUUUGUUCUCUUUUUUGAUUCCUCUCAACACACAAAUAACUCUAAAAUAAUAAUAAUAAUAAUAAUAAUGAUACAAAUAUCCGCAAAGCGGCAGAGAGAAGCAGAGAGAGAGAUUUUAAAAAGUUUGGAGAGAACGGAAAAAAGGCAAGAAAAAUGCAAAUGCGAAGCAAAUGGGAAAAAUGUGAGCUGGACAAAUGAGAUCCCAAGAAAGAAGUUCACACACUGAAAUGUAUUGUAAAAGGAAAAUCCCUCAGAAAACACACACACAUGCUAUUGAAGAAAGAGAGAGAGAGAGAGAGAUUGUAGAUGUUACGCCAAAAUAGAACAAUAGAAAGAAAUGGGGAAUAAACUCAUCAAAUCUGGCCAAAAUCAUCUUAUCAUCCUCCAUCAUCAUUAUCACAAUCAUGAUCAUCGCGCGCGACGUGCUCCACCGGAAAAACAGCCCAGCAGUGCGUGCUCCAGAGCGGCAUCCGACGAUGGAGAGCGUCGAAGUCGUCAGUUGCAGAGGAGAAAAUUGUGGGGAUGAAUUGCAGCAAAAUAUCAAGCAGGUCUCAUCGAUUUGUGACUAUUUUCGUUCGUCAUCUCUUCAUUAUCCAUUCAACAAGUGACAUUCGGAGGCGCAGUGAAAAUUGUAAGAGACGAAUGAGGAGUGGAGAGGAAAUGAGAGGAAGAGAAGCAGUAAGACUGUCAUCAUCUUGUCGAAAUAAAAGGGAUAACUUAAAAGGCAAAUGAUUAAAAUCAGGAAAAUGAGCUUCAAACCAUUAUGGUUUUCUAUAUAUCCAAAAAAAAACGAGAAUAAAAGAGGAAGAAGAGAGAAAAUAUAACAUAUUUAAAGACGACCUGUGGAUUCAUAUUCUUACCUAACAUAACUAUAGUUCUCUUUUUUACACGCUAGUGUGGUUGAAUAGAGAGAAAGAUUUAUUUCUAUGAAAGAAUACUUUAUAGCUAACAAAUGUAUCUGAGGAAGUCCCUUUUUCCGUUUAGUCAAUUGAUUUUCUAGAGAGGUAUUAACACACAUUAUCAAUUCGAUAGGAUUUAUUCGUUGGUCAGACAUGUAUUUUUCUCCUUUUCGUGCAAAAUACAAUUUUAUCAGUAUAGUGAGUAUGAAAUUCUAUCUGGUUGAUAAAUGUGAGAAGAGAAAUAUAAUAUAGAAAGAAUUGUAGAAGUUUUUCACUAAUUUCCUACUACAAUAUCACUUGAUAGAAAGAAAUAAAUUGCACAUUAUAUUAAUAAUAGUAUAGCUAAUUUUACGAUGAGGAUAAUUUCUUUUGUCACAGUUUCGUUGAGCAGCAUUUUGUGGGGUGGAAAGAAUGCGAGAAUGCAUAUAAGAAAUUCAGCAAGAGAGGAAAAUUGUUGAUACACGCGGUGUUUCUUUCCAUUUUCCUCCUUUUAUUUAUUGUUCUACAUUAUAAUAAACUCUGAAAGAGAGGGGAGAAUGUGAGGAUAUAAAAGAUGAACAAAGUGGAAAACUGUUCAUGGCGUAAAUAUAUUGAGUGAGAGGUGAGAAGAGUUGAGCAUUGGGGAUUUGCUGACAUGGAGAGAGAGCAAGUAAAAAAUGCAAUUUUAUUAUCUUUUAUUGUUCUAUUUGUGGGGGAAAAAGUUGAAUUACAAAAUAUAAAAAAUGCGAGAGCAAAAGAAAAACUCUUUCCAUACGUGAAAAAAAAUAAGGGAUGAUUUGGAGGAAGAAUGGCGACUUUUUUCCUCCGAAUGUGUGUGUCUUCGACUGCAAUUUUUAUUUAUUCUACCUUUACCUGUUUAUUCACAAGUAUUUUGCUCAGCAUUAUACAGUCAAGCUAUAUAAUUUAUUAAAUAUCAUUUUCAGAAUAUUCUAGUUGAUCGUCGUGCAUAAAAUUUAGGUGAAAAGUGUCCUCUAAUUGUAAACGAUUUGUGAGGGGUGAAUUAUAUAGGCUUUACGAAGAUGAAUCCAAAACAAAAAAAUAAGUAUAUUUAAAGAGAGAGAAAGAGAAGUUCUAUGUAUAUUCUUGAGUUGUUAUUGUGUUGUAUUGUUUUGACAAAAAGCGAAAAGAUUUGCAAAAAAAGGAGUAGAGAAAGCAUUGUAAAAGUGUGUUUCUGUAAAUAUUAUUUUACAUUAAAGUGUAUUGCAUAUUAUAUUGUGAUUUCUUUUUAUUUAAUCAGUGAUGUUUUUUUUUUCUCUCCUUGAUUUAAUACCUUUUCACACUGGUUUCACCCAGAAAGUUUUCCACACUUUGUUAUCGCUUUUCUGUGUGGACAUAAUAAUAAAGUUGGUUGACUGAAUUUUUGCAAUAACUGACUUUAUUGAUUGUUUUCCUUUUUAAACUUUUCUCGCUAUUCGUCACCCAGUGGAAAACAGAGCAAAUAGCUGUUCUCUCUCCUUCUCACAAUUGUGCAGAACAAAAGAGCCAAACUAUAACAAAUCACAUCGAGAAAAGAGAGGCAAUGAAAAGUUGCGGAAUAUUUUCGUACAACUGCGUUCAGAAUGUAAUGAAGCGUAAAUCAUAGUAUAGAGUAAAAUAUACGAAGAAAAGCGUCGUUCAGCAAUAAUAGUGCCAGUUAAUCGUCAUGAAGUGUGGAAAAUAUCCUUUCUUUAACUGCGAAGCUUCUUCUAAAUGUUGACAGUCUUCCAGAACGGGCUUUUCCGCCCCGAAAAACACAUUUUCGCGCCUUUGUAAAACGCCUUCACGUAGAGGAAUAAAAGAAUCAUGGUUCAUUUGAUUUCCCCAUGCGAUUAUUCAAACUACAAUGUCUCAAAGUAUUUUCUUUCUGAACACAGUUGUACAAUAUUUUCCGUAACAUUCAUUAUUCCUUCUCAUAUUUCGCGACAAAUUAGAAUUUUCGUUUAAUAGGGGGCGCAUUAAAAGCGAACGAUAAAAUGGUGCUGCUAUUUUGAGACACGAAAAUCAUUUAAAUUCGCCACUUGUGAGCUAAGCAGCAAAUGAAAAAUGUCUUGCGGUUGCGAGAUUCACAAAUUUACGAUCGCCGAGACACUUUUCGUGGCGCAAAAGUAAAUAAAGGAUUUCCAUUAGUUUUCAAAAGAUGUAUUUUUGAACGAAUCCUAAGAGAAUAAAUUCAAAAAUGAGAUGAAAAGUGCGAAAAUGUCUGGCACAAUUCAUCCAUUUAGAGAUGAUGGAGAAGGAAAGAGAGUGGCGACAGUGGAUGUUGCGAAAUAAGAACAGUUUCAAGAGAUUUUUGCCUGUGGAACUUUUGGGUGAACCAGGAAGAAAAAAAGAGAAAUUGGCAGAAAGUCUUGCAGUUUUAGUGUAGCAUUUUUGUUGAUGAAGUUUGUGUUUAGUUUAAGGAGCCGCGCAUUUAAAAUCCGCAAUAUAAAAAUAGAAAUAAUGAGAAAAUAUAGAUAAUACUAAAGUAACAGUAAAAUUGAUUGCAAAAUAGUGAAGAAAUACACAUGCAAUGAUAAAAAGCAUCACAUAGAAGAGGGAGAAGAGGUGAAACAGUGUCCAAAAGACCGAUUAAAAUGAAAACAUAGUGAGAAGAGACAACAAAAAGUUCAUCAUUAAUGGUAAUAUUCAGAUAGAAAUAAAGAAUCACAUACAAUUUUGUAAUAGAUAAGCAAAAUAUUUCGUGUCGUAAUAAGUUAAUAUGAGAGUCAAAGAGAGGUUAAAGAGUAAUAUAAUGAAUUAGUGGUGUAAAAGGAGAAAAGAAACCUUUCGUAGAUGAUGAAACUGAGCAUGAUAGUGAAGCCCAUAAUAAUGCAAGAGUUACACCAAUUAAAUGAUAAAUCGAUCGUAAUUAAUUUCUCAUUGUUAAAUGGUAACAAGCACAAUGCAGAAUUCACGAUUUUUCCAUCAAAUCACAAAAGAGUAAAAGCCACACAAUUUUACCCUUUACUUUUAUCACACACAAACACACACAGCAAAAAUUCUCCCCAUUUUGAAUAAUAUUCUUUAACGUAAAAUUAAUUGUGUAAUCGUGAGAGAAGUAAGAAAUUUUAAAGAUGCUUGUCAAGUCUAUUUUUGUUGAUUUUCAUUUGUACUAGAUAUAUAAUAUCAAAUAUUGAGUAAUGAGAAAAAACAUCUUAGAAUGUAUUUUAGUCAUGGAAAAUCUUAUCUGAUGAAAUCAUAAAUUGAGAAAGUCUAGUAUAAAAAUUACUUAGUCAAAUGAAUAUACUUAAAAAUGACAACCAAUCUUUUUAGAUCUGCCUGAUUAAAAUUAAAGUAAAGAUGAAAAUUGAUAUAAUAGUGCGUAUUUAAGCAAAAGAAGAAGAAAAAAUUGUACGAAGUAUAUUAAAAAUGAAAAAAAGUCCUUCGAUAUUUUCCAUUUUCACAAAUGUUUAGAAGAAGGGAGAAAGUCAAGUUGUUGAUGAAAUGCGCAUGAGAAAGUCUUUUUCAAAGAAAUUUUGUAUUGAAAUUUCUCAUUUCUUGAGUAACACACUUGUCACCAACUAUUUUAACAUAUAAUAAAAGAAAACAUAUUAGUGAGAUACAAACAAUAAGAAAAAACUGCAAAUGUACAUAGCAAAAUAACUGCAUUCAUCUAGUAAAUUAUUAAAUUAUUGUCAUAAUUACCUUGUUAUCAUGAUAAAAGAUAGAGAAAGAGAGAGAGAAGAAAAUCAUCCAAGCGAGGAGGAGAAUUAUAGUGGAAAAAUGGUGGAAAUCAUAGGUUUGUGAAGGGUGUAAAAAAAACAAAA